AUGCAGAAGGGCGAAGGAGAAGCAGCAAAAAGAGACAAAGAGGGGCUCAGGCCUCCUCCUGUCUCCGCUCUAGCGGGGGGUGCAGGGUGUCCCUCUAGCCCCCCCCAGACUCUCCCCUCUUCUUCUUCUUCUUCUUCUUCUUCUUCUCCUUCUUCUUCUUCUUCUUCUCCGUUUAUUCAAUCAAAUGGCAUUCCUGCCGCCUCCUCUGUCCCUGAUGAGGCUCGGAGAGAAAGUAAAAACAGACAACGCAAUGCAAGUGCCUCUACUUUGUCCAAGACGCAGUCCAGGGGCCCCUCAGCUAACAGAGGCGUCUCCUUCGGGGCCCCCUUAGGGCCCCCCCAGACACAGGGGCCCCUGGGGGCCCCCCAGACGCAGGGGCCCCUGGAGGCCCCGCAGCGACAAGGGCAGCCGGAGGCCCUUCAGAAAGAGGGGACUCUGAGGGCCCCCCAGAGACGGAGGCCCCCGGGGGCCCCAAAGAGAGAAGGGCCCCUGGGGGCCCCAAUCGAUGCAGCAGACAGUCGGAUGGUUUCAAAAAGGGCUUUAGGGGCUUCAGUUAAUGGAGUGUCUCCUCCUGCUGCUGCUGCACCAGCAGAUGUUCGUGGAGCUGCUGCAGCAGAGAGGGAGACACACCCGUACACCCGUGUGUCUCUGGCUACGGAGCCCCUCCAGAGAGUAUACAGACAGUGCACAGGGUCUCUUGGGCGGCGGCUAGCAGCUGCGGGGCUGAAGGAGAGCGGGACCCUUAGUGCUGCAGAGAAGAGAGUGGAGAAGGGGUCCCUAGGGAGAUCGCAGCAGCAGGUGUUGCAGCCGCUGCAGCACAAACUGCAGACAGCGGGGCGCCGCACACGCGCACUGCUGCUGUCGCGGCGGCAGCAGCUGCUGCUGCGGGAGCGAGCUAAGAGCCUUCGGGUGUACGUACACCGCGGGGUUGGGGAGGUUCCUAGGGCCCUAAAGGCCUCUCUCGCUUCUUUGCAUGCAACGAGAAGCAACGAGAGGGAGAGGAGACAUACACUCCAGUACGGGCAGAGACACAGCAGUCUCCUUGAUGCACAGAAGAGACAGCAGACCGCAACGGAGACAAAUCAAGAAAACAGCUUACCUCUUGUCCCUUUGAGUCCCCCUGUUGUGCGGCAGCAGCGCGGUGUUGCUGCUGCUGCAGCAACAGCUCCUGUUGCUGGUGCUGCUGCUGCCCCUGCCCCAGAAGGCUUCAGCCUCAGCAAGAGACAAACUACAUGCAUAGACGGGGCCCCCACACCUCUCCGUGGGAUGUCUAGACAGCUGAGCUCCAGCCAAGACAGGAGACAGUGCAGGCGCAAAGACCGGCAAGUGUCUCCUCUCUUUCAGCCUCUCCUCUGCCACGCAGCAGCGAAGGAGCAGAGCCCUUCAGGAGACCCAGCGACAGCAGCAGCAGCCGAAGCAGUAGCAGCGGAAGCAGCUGCAGCAGAACCAGAAACGAUACCAGCAGGAGCAGCAACAGCAGAAGCUACAGAGUCUAUUUCCCCUCCUCUUGAAGGCCCCCAGGACUCUCUACCCCAAAGUGCUGCAGAGCUGGAGGCCGCCGACGGAGCUGCCUAUACACCUGAACUGCAGCCGGGAGUCUCCCGCAAUGAAUUUCAUCAAGUGCUGAAGACGUGGCAGUCCAAAGAGCUGCUGGCAGCAGCACAAAAGAAAAAAUCUCAGGCAGACCCACCCCCAUCACAACUCCUCAACCAAGCCCUAGCGGAAGCAGCAGCAACUCGUACCCUCGAAGGCAGCAGCAGCAGCACGCAGCAAGAAGAGACAGAGCAGCACCAUGACGCGCCUGAACAAACAGACGGACAGCAGCAUCAACCCAAUGCAGCAGCAGCAGCACCAACAGCAGCAACCGAUCAUGCAGCAGCAGCAGCAACUCCGUCCACUCCACAAGCAGCAAACACGCAGCAGUCAACAGCAGCAGCUGCAGCAGAAACAGAGGUGGAAACAGCUGCAGCAGCUGAUCCUGCAGCAUCAAGAGCAGCAGAGGCCCCCGCAGCAGCAGCAACAGCAGAGCCAGCAGCAGAUGGGAGUGCCGCAGGGCAUUGCGUGGCUGGUGCAGCUGAGGGGCCCCAUCUCAGUCAGACAGAGACAGAAGAGGAGACAGGAGACAGUGCAGAGGUAGAAGAAGGAGACAGCAGAGAAGAGACAAAACAGGGAAGGGGACAGACAGAGGCUCUCGCGCUGCUGCAGCAAGCAGCAGCAACGAAAGACAACAGCAACCUGUCUCCAGAAGAAAACGCAGCAGCAAAGGAGACAGCUGCAACAGACCCAAGCUUAGGCCUCCACGAGAAAGAGGAGAUCACUGCAUGCGCGGAGGAGCAGCAAGAAAAGAGACAGCAGACAACCUCAACAAGAUGCACAGCGCAGCUUUACCGAGAGCCAGGCAAAGCAAGCUGCCUAUACACCCUAAUCGAUGCCCUCCCCACUAAGUGGGAGGCCUUUACUUUGUUUUUAGGGGCUUUAUUCACUUAUGUUUUAGUCUUCUUGUGCACAAGAGGAGUGCCGCACGCACUGCUGCUGCUGUUUUGCUGCUUCUUCGGUCUCCGUAUCCGCUUCGGGGGCAGCAGCAGCAGCAGCGGGGGCAGCUACACAGCCUUGUGGCUGCUGCUGCUGCAGUUGCUUGUCCUCGUGAGCCUCUGCUGCGUGAGCAUCGCCAAACAAGCAGCAAACGAGCAGCAGCUGCUGCUGCAGCUAGAAGAAAGCCGACUCUAUACAGCAGACAUACGCAUCACGGCGAUGCUGUUGUUUGUGUCUUUGUUGUUUUUGCUGUUCCUGGUUGGCUUUAUUGCAUUGGGGUAUUUGCGUUUCCCUAGUUUCUACAGUUUUGUCUUCCAGCGCAUUGAGCUCAAAGACAAAUUCACUGACAGACGCCUCAAAGCAGCAAUCUCUCUUGCAGGUGGUUAUCUAGGAGAUGGCUCCAGUAUUCUGUGUCUCGUGGGGCGCCCACAUAUCAAUUAUGAUAUAGAGACAGCCCAAUGGACAAGCACGUACUCUUACUCCCUCGCUGUGCAGCAACGUGCAUCUUCGGUCUUCUGGCAGCUGCAGCUCUGUUCACUGAAGACGCCUCUACCUAAGGCCUUCCGCGAGCAGCAGCAGCAGCAGCAGUUGCUGCAGCAACAACAACAGCAGCCGAAGUUGCAUCAGCAGCAGCCCCAUCUACUUGCAUCUCUCUCCCUAGCUCCCAUUGGUGUCUCUUCCUCUCCCGCAGCUGCAGCCCUACCAGCAGCACCCCCCUCACCUCCUACUGCUGCUGCUUCUACUGCUGCUGCUGCUGCUGCUGAUAAAAGGCGCUUCGGCGAGGCUUCAGCAGUGCUGGCUACGCUAAGAUCGACAGAUGCCGCCACUGCUCAGCCUCCGCCCGUCGUUGUGCUGCAGCAGCAAAACGAACUCCGAGCUGCUGCAUGCAGCGGUGUAAGGCGCAGCAGCAGUAGCAGCAGCAGCAGCAGCUCGUCAUCCUCAGUCUCUUUAAUCGCCAGCAUCUCUCCACCUGUUAACAAGGGGGAAGCAGCAGCAAGCAGCAGCCCACAAGCAGCAGCAGCAGCAGCAAACGCAGCAGCAACAAGGCAGUCGCUUGUGAUGCAAAAGCAGACGUCAUUUGGGGGCAACAGCCUCCAAGCCGCUGGGGCCUCAGCAGCAAACCCUCUGCAGCAGCAGCAGAGCAGCAGCAACCGCAGCAACAGCCACCCCAGCAGCAAACGCAGCAGCAGCAGACGCAACACCAAGCGCAGCAGCAGCAACCGCAGCAACUGCACAGUCAAAGCCGCUCAGCGUCGCCGCCGCAGCAGCAAAGGAGUAGCAGCAGCAAUACCAGCAGCCGACAGCAAUUUGCAGCAAACAGAGCUGAUGGUAGAAGAGCAGAAGCGUGAGGCUGCUGUUUCCGCUGCGCUGCAGCGGCGCGAAGCCCCUGAAGCAGCAGCAGCUGCAGCAGCAGCAGCAGCAGCAGCAGCAGCUCCAAAAGUGUCCACGAAUCCCUUCGAUGAAGAGGUGGAGGACGCCACCUUUUCUCCUCUUCCUGCUGCAUUGCAGGACACUGAAGCAGCAGCAGCAGCAACAACAACAGCUGCAGCAGAUGCAGCUGCUGCGGAGUCAGAAGCGGCGCUGCUUCGCUCUCUGUGCGACCUGCUGGAUCGGCUGCAGCGGGAGCAGCCGCUGCUGCUGGCAGCAGAAGCACCAUUGUUAAGCAAGCGACUGCAGCAGGAACCGAACGAGCAAGUGCUGCGAGGGCUGCUGCAGCAGAAGCAACUAAGUAGAAGCAAAGAGGAGCUGCUGUCGCUACACCGCAGAUGCGCAGAAGCAGCCGAUGACUCCUCUCCCAGAUCAAUGUUUGCUGCUUCCCUCAGCUUUUUAAGGGGAGCAGAAAAACAGCAGCAGCAACAGCAGCAGCAGCAGCAGCAGCAGCAAGAGCAGCAGUCGCAAGGCGUCCAACUGCCGCAGCAAAAAGACGAACAGCAGCAGCAAGACAAACAGUCAGUAGAAAACGAAUGGCAGGCUCACCCUCAGAACGAGCAGCAGCAACCGCUGCAGCAGCAACCGCCACAGCAGCAGCUGCAGCAGCAGCAGCUGCAACAGCAGGAAGAGCAGCAGAAACAGCAACUGCAACAGGAAGAGCAGCAGCAAAAUCAACUGAAGGAAGAGCAGCUGCAGCAGGAAGAGCAGAAACAGCUGCAGCAGAAGCAUGAGCAAGAACAGCUGCAAAUCCAGAAGGAAGAGCAGCAGAAGCAGCAAGCGGAAGAGCAGCAUAAGCUGCAGCAAGAAGAGCAGCAGCAGCCGCAGCAGGAAGAGCCACAGGAACUGCAAAAGGAAGAGCGGCAGCAACUGCAGCAGGAGGAGGAGCAGCAACUGCAGCAGGAAGAGCAGCAGCAGUUGCAGGAGGAAGGGCAGCAGGAGUUGCAGCAUGAAGAGCAGCAGAAACUGCAGCAAGAAGAGCAGCAGCAACUGCAGCAGGAGGAGCGGCAGCAAUUGCAGCAAGAAGAGCAGCAGCAGGAGGAGCAGCAUCAAUUGAAGCAGGAAGAGCAGCAGGAAUUGAAACAGGAAGAGCAGCAGCAAAGGCAACGAGAAGAGCAGCAGGAAGAGCAGCAACUGCAGCACGAAGAGCAGCAGCAAUUGCAGCACGAAGUGCAGCAGCAAUUGCAGCACGAAGAGCAGCAGCAACUGCAGAAGGAAGAACAGCAAGAGGAUGAGGGAAAGCAGAUGCAACAGGAAGAGCAGCAGCAGCAAGCGCAGCAGCAGCUGCAGCAAAAUGAGCUGGAAGUGCAGCAGCAGCAGCAUGUGCAGCAGUCCGAUCAGGAAGAGAAGCCACAGCAGCAGCAGCAGCAACAGCAGCAAAAUGAGCUGGAAGUGCAGCAGCAAGAAGAGGCCACCGAAAAAACACCAGCAGCAGCAGUUGCUCCGGCUGUUGCUGCCUCUGAUGAUGAUGCAGUCGGACCUUACAGCUCUUCUGACCCAGCAGCAGCAGCAGCAGCAACAGCAGCAGUUCUCUCUCCUAAGAGGACCAACCCUAGGGAAGAUUGCGUUGCUUAUUUAGACGCAACAGACGGCUCAGACGCUGCAACAGCAACAGCAGCAGCAGCAGCAGGUGCGAAGGAGUCGAAGCCUGAAGCAGCAGCAGCACCUGCUGCUGCUGCUGCUACAUCUGCUGCAGCAUGUUCACAGAUUGCUGAGGCUGCUGCGACGGAGUUGAGGAACUCCUUGUUUGGCUUGCGGGAGGAGGGCCCCCAGUCCCCCAAAUCUGCUGCUGCUGCUGCUGCUGCUGCUGCUGCAUGCGCAUCCCCGCCGCCUCUGCUGCAAGACUCGUUAGAGCAGUUGACGUCUUUAAACAGCAGAGGGUCUCUCGGGGGGCCCCUGGGGGCCCCCCUAAUUGCAGAAGAUGAGGCUGAAGAGAUACAAGAGCGGCUGCUGCAGGAAGUUGCGCAGCAGCAGCGGUCUGCUGCUGCGUGGGUUCGCAGCAGCAGCAGCAGCAGCAGCAUGCUGCUGUUCCCUAACGUGGGGAGCGACAGGCUGCUGCCAGACGUGGGGAAGAGAGCUGAUGCAGCAGCAACAGAAGAUGCAGCAGCAGCAGAAGUUGAUGCGCUAUCUGAAGGAGAAGCAGAAGCUGUCUUUACAACUUUUCUAACGCGGAGACAGAAGAGACAGAGACACCCCAAUAGAAGUGCUUCUGUAUCACCUCCAUCACCCCCUCUUGUCUUCGACUUCCUUUCUCACUCCCUUCCUGCUGCUGCUUCCCAGCAGCAGCAGCAGCAGCAGCAGCAGCAGCAGCAGCAGCAGCAGCAGCAGCAGCAGCAACGUGUCACACUGGAGGGAGUGCUGCCUCCUUUGGCGCUGUCUCCUUAUGAUUCAUCAGACCCCAGAUACACCUCAGGGGGCCCCACAUCCUCUGGGGGCCCCCCCUCUACUGGGGGCCCCUCUGCACAGUCUACACGCGCGUCUGCUGGCAGCAGCCUAGCGGGGCUUCUUGCUGCAGGCGAGGGGCCCCCUAUGGGGGCCCCCCUCUCCCACAGCCCCACACAGCAGCAGCAGCAGCUGCAGCUGCAGCAGCUGUUGCUGCUGCGACGCCGCGGUGGCGUUUCCCAGUACAACAAUGACACCGAAGCUCUCCCUGCUAGUGCAGCAAGAACCGCUUCAGCAGUCUCAGCAGCAACAGGAGCAACAACAGCAGCAGCAGCAGCAGCAAGGAGCGAGGGAGGCAGCUGGAGGCGGGGGGCCCAGAGGGAUUUCUGUGGCAGCUCAGACUUUAGCGUUUCUCCUGCAAGCAUCGGCCUUGUUAGUGAUUCAGCAAAUCAGCAGCUGCCUUUCUACUCUCUUAGAGGGACACAGCGCUCCCCUGAAGCAGCAGCAGCAGGAGCAGCACCAGCAGCACCUGCUGCUGCUGCAGUAGAAGCGGUGCCCUUCCUUAGAGAGACACGCAGCAGGGGCCCGCAGGGUGCUGCGGGGGGCCCCCCAACUUCAGCCGCUAGCAGGGAGCUCCGCAUGCAGAGAGAGGGAAGCAGCAAAGUCUUCAGCGGCAGCAGCAGCAGCAGCAGCAGCAGCAGCAGCAGCAGCACACUGCAACAGGAGACAAGCAGCAGACGCCGCCCUGCGGAGUUUGUCUCGACUUCGUCUCACUAUGCCUUCACCCCCGCUCCCCAGAGCAGCUUCUCUUACGCUCAGCAGCAGCAGCUGCAGCAGCAGCUGCAACAGCAGCACCAGCUGCAACAGCAGCAACAGCUGCAGCUGCUGCAGCAGCAGGGGCUACGAACUCCCCGUCAAUCAUUGCCGGCCUCGGCUCCCCCAACAACAACCGCAGCAGCUGCAGCAGCAGCAGCAGCAGCAGCAGCAGCAGCAGAGAGCAGCAGACGGAGGCCCUCGCGCCGCGAUCAGGAAACGCAGGCUCUCGUUGGGGGUUGGGGUAUAUCCGCUUCAAGAAAAGAAAAAAUGCGAGAGAGACAACUAAGAGAAAGAUUUGAUAGAUUAACAACCCUAGAAAAGCAGCAGCAGCAGCAGCAGCAGCAGCAGCAGCGGAUGCUGCAGCAGCAGAUGCUACAGCAGCAGAUGCUGAAGCAGCAGCAAUCUCAAGACUUGGAAGCGAUAAAUGAAGCAAAAGAAAAUUUCAGGAGUCCCCGCAACCGAACUAACAGCAGAAACAAAAGCUCACACAGCAACCGACAGCAGCAGCAAAACCAGCAGCAACAGCAGCAGCAGCAGCAGCAGCAGCAGCAGAGGUUGCCUGUGGGAGUAAAUGUGGGUGAACGCCUCAGUGGCGCUGCACGGACACCGCGGGGAGCCUCGCAGCAGCUGCAGCAGCAGCAGCGGCUGCCUUCUGACUUGCACAACGCCAGGGCAGCCAGCAGCAGCACAAGCUUCGAGGGCUUCCAGCAGCAACAGCAGCUGCUGCAGCAACAAGUGCUCCAGCAAGAGAUGCGGCAGAAGCAAAUGGAAGAGGAUUUGCAGCAAGAACAACUGAAGCAACAGCAGGAGGAAGAACUGCAGCAGCAGCUGCUGCAGCAGGAGGAGGAGCAGCUACUGCAGCAGCAGCAGCAGCUCAUGCAGCAGCAGCAGCAGCUGCUGCAGCAGCAACAGCAAAUGAAAAUAGACGAAGAACGGCGAGCUGAGGAGGAGCUGCAGCGGCUGAUUGAUGAACAUUGGGAAGGUGCCCGGAGGCAGCAGCAGCGGCAGCAGCAGCUGGCGUUGCUGCAGCAGCAACAGCAGUCCUUUCUCUCGGAGUACCGCCGAGAGAGAGAAAAGAAACGCUUAAGCAGCAGCAGCAACAGCAGCAGCAGCAGCAGCCAGAAGCUGCAGGCCGUACCGGUCCCUGCCUUCCCCCAGCAGCCGAGAUCAUCAUCAGCAGCAACAGAAGCAGCAGCAGCAACAGCAGCAGCAGCCCAGCCUAGCAGGCAUCUGCUGGGUCGCGUACACACCAGCGAAAACACUCCCCGCGAGGGUGCACCAGACUCAGCAGAAGCAGCAGCAACUGCUGCUGCUGCUGCUGCUGCUGAGAGGCGCAGCAGACGCAGGAAGACCCCGAGCAUAUUCAAUGUUGCUGCUGAUGCCGAUGCAGCAGAUCAGGACUACAGCUCCUUCCAUGCAGCAGAGGUAGGCGUUGCUGCUGCUGCUGCUGCAGCUGCAGCAGCAGAUGAAGAAGCAGACAGCUGCGGAGAUGUGUUUGGAUUUGGGGGUAUUAACUCGGGGCUGGCAGCUGCAUGCAGCAACAAAAGAAGAGAAACUGCACAAGAAAUAAAAACAAGAAAAGAGAGAAAACAGACAAAUAUCUGCGGAGAAGCUGCCUAUACACCCAGAGACCCAAUCAUACAGCAGCAGCAGCAGCAGCAGCAGCAGCAACAACAACCGCACGGGCUGCCUUUUCUUCCAGUGUCAGCAUCACAUCCAGCAGCAGCAGCAGCAGCAGCAGCGAAGCAGGAAAGAACAGCAGACGUGGGGGUGGCUACAGAUAUAUCAGUUGAAACUCCUCUUCAAGACAUCUUUGGCUUAGAAGAAGAAAAAGAAGAAGAAGAAAGACUAGAAGAUAGCAGCAGCGAUGACGAAGUACUUCAAUACAGCAACCGGCAGCAGCAGCAGCAGCAGCAACGGCGGCGAGGGAAGAAUGCAGCAGCAGCAGAUGCUGCUGCUAUGAGCGAUGACGCUGCAGUGUUUGCAUUGCCUGUGGAGGUGCAGCAAGAACAGCAGCAAUGGGAAGAUGAAGCCCUAGCAGCAGCAGAAGGACGACAGCAGAUUGCUGCAGCAGCCGCUGCUGCCUCUGCUGCUGCUGCUGCUGCUCGCGCAGCAGCAGCAGCAGCCACAGCAUCAACAGCAGCAGCAACCCCCAGAAACCGCCCACCCCAAGAAGAUGAGAAUUUAGGUGAGGAGACACCCGAGGGCCUUGCGCGUCUGCAGCAGCAGCAGCUGCAGCAACAACAGCAGUUGCGGCAGCAGCAGCUGCAGCAGCUGCUGCAGCAAGAAGACCAGGCCCCUCCUGAACGCGUCCCUUUGACUCCAAGGCAGGGCAGCAGCAGCAACGUCGCCAGCUGCAGCAGCGUCAGCUGCAGCAGAGGUCGCAGCAGCAGCAGCAGCGAGAAGACUAGGAAGCCGCAGCAGCAACAGCAGCAGCAGCAGCACAGUGCUGCAGAGGGAAUAUCAAGACAAAGGGAUGCUUCACUGCAACAAAGAGACGAGAGACGAAACAAAAAAAUGAUCACAGGGGCAGCCAACAGGGCCCCCUCCUACUUGACAGCCCGGAACAAUAGUCUCCUGCAGCAGCAGCAGCAGCAGCAGGAUGAGGACUGGGAGGCUAUAGAAGCAGCAGCAGCAGCAGCAGCAGCAGAUUCGACUGAAUGCUGGAAAGGCGAAGCAAUUGCUGGGAAGAGAGGGCCCCCAGCCGCCUCCGCAGCAGCAGCAGAAGAGACAGAGGGACCCCCCGGCUGA